AAGAAGUUUACUCAGAGAACUUCCAAAAAGGGAGAAAAAGGAAAAACAAUCAGAGCCCUCACCUGCUUUGAACCACUGCCAAGGCUCUGAUAGCUAUAACUGCCAAGCACAUCACUCAAAAUCACACCCACUAUGAGCUUCUCUGCCUCCAGGGCUCAAGCUCCCUUAAGAUUUCAUGAGUUGCUCCAUUCACUCACCUGCGAGCACCUUGCACAAUUCCUGCCCUACCCUGCCCUCCAGUCUGCCAAUCCUCAGGGAUUUCUCCCCCCCACCCCCCUUCACAGUUAAGGAAGCCUCAAUUCCUACAAAAGUGAGCUUCCACCUCAAAGUGACUUACAGCAAAUGUUUUCUUGAAGCAAUUCUUUACUUGCAUAAUUUCCCUAAUAAAAUGCAUUCAAAAGUGAAAUUUGGUUUUGCUUCAAGGAACCUCGGUUAAACACAGAGGAGGAUGCUCUGCAUGAAGAUUCUAAUUUCCUCUUCUGAUCAGAGCAGUGCUCUCAUUCAGGGGAUCACUGGUUGCCUGACCCGUCACACUCGCAAGCAUGAUGCCUAAACAUUGUUUUCUAGGCUUCCUCAUCACUCUCUUCCCAACUGGUGCUGCAGAAACUCACCCAGCCCCUGAGUCUCUGAAGCCUCAGAGAGUGCAUUUUCAGUCCCGGAACUUCUACAACAUUUUGCACUGGCAGCCUGAGAGGGCUUCUGGCAGCAGCAGCAGCAGCAGCAGCAGCAGCAUCUACUUUGUACAAUACAAAAUCUAUGGACAGAUACAAUGGAAAAAUAAAGAGGACUGUUGGGGUAUUCAAGAAUUAUUUUGUGACCUUACCAACGAAACUUCAGAUGUUCGGGAGGCUUAUUAUGCAAGGGUGAGGACGGCUGUGGCUGGGACCCACUCAGCCUGGACCAUGACACGGCGGUUCAUUCCCUGGUGGGAAACAAAAAUAGGUCCUCCAAGCAUGAAUAUAACCCAAGUCAAUGGAUCCUUGUUGGUGAUUCUCCAUCCUCCAAAGAUACCAUAUAGAAACCAAAAAGGAAAAAAUGUAUCAAUGGAAAAUUACUAUGAGAUAGUAUACCGAGUCUUUAUAAUUAAUAAUUCACUAGAUAAGGAACAAAAGGUGUAUGAAGGAACUCACAGGGUGGUUGAAAUUGAAGCAGUAACGCCUCAUACUGGUUACUGUGUAGUGGCUGAAUUAUAUCAGCCCAUGCUAGACAGAAGAAGUCAGAGAAGUGAAGAGGGAUGUGUGAAAUGACCUUGAAGUGGUAUGGUGUGCUCUGCAACAUGGAAAUCAAAAGCUCUCUGGGAAUGGGAUGGCUCAUGCUUGAAGUAUCUCACUGAAAAUUGUUUUUAUUCUUCUUAAAGCAAUGUCACACUUUUGGGA